CAGCUAUUGAUGCAGCUUGCAACCGUGCAAGAUCAUCUUUAGCCGGUACUAGUACAGCGAAACGGACAAGUUUAUGCACAGGUGAUUUUUACGCCAAAUCCAGACCCCACCACUUCAGGGGACCUGCUCGCAACAAUGGAAGUUGUUGUACUCGGUUGCGGUCCGUCGUCGUCGGUGCCGUCCAUGCGCUGUGUGCUGAACAAGAACUGCGCCGUGUGUCACGAAGCGCACGUCAACCCUGACUCCAAGAACCGCCGACUCAAUCCAAGUCUGCUCGUGCGGAACCUCCAGAACGACAAAAAUGUCCUCAUCGACUGUGGCAAAACCUUCCGUGAGUCAGCAUUGCGGAUCUUCCCUCAAAUCGGCGUCUCGGCUGUUCACUCGCUUGUGCUGACGCACGACCACGCAGAUGCACUGCUGGGAAUGGACGACCUACGCGAGGUGCAGGCCACUGUAGAGACUGUCGAUCCAGUGACCAAGGAACUGUACAAGAUCCCACCAGAGGCCAUGAAAGUGUACUGUAGUGAGCUCACGAGUCAUGGUGUCAUUACCAAAUUCCCUUAUCUGAUUGACAAUGAGCCUUUGCCUCCGCCUGGGGAAGCAGUGCCGAAGCCAUUCCGAUGGACCGCCAAGCUUCAAAUUGACGCGUUCAAUUCGUGGGAACCGUUCGAGACUUGUGGCAUUAAAUUCCUCCCUUUUCCUGUCAUUCAUGGUGCUGGAUACACUUCGUUCGGAUUUGAAUUUGGGUACGAAGUUGGCGCAAGAUUCAUCUACAUCUCCGAUGUGAGUGAGAUCCCGGAGGAGACGAAGACUUUCUUAAACGAUACAAGUAAACCUCCCAUUGAUGUUUUGCUGAUCGACGCGUUGUAUCUGGACAAGUAUCACAGCACGCACAUGAACUUGCAAAAAGUGAUGGAGGAGAUUGCGACCUUCAAGCCGAAGCGUACGUUGCUUACGGGUAUGAGCCACGACUUCGACUACCCCAAGCACAGCGUUGAGUUGCCGAAAAUGGGUCAGGAGAAGGGCCUGAACAUCGAAAUGACCUAUGAUGGACUGCGUAUUGCUCUCCCUUAAAGCAGUGACGCAACUUAUAGACCCCACUACGUCAGUUAAAGCCAUACUAUCAUCAGCAUGAAGUCUUGCAUCAUUCCAGGUAUGCGCGUCUACACCAGUUAUUGACAAUAGCAGCUCUACAGUACACGUAUCUGCUGCCUUGGGUUCGCAUCUACUCGAUUGUGUCUGUACCAUCCGCGUCCACAGUUGGUGUCUCCGAUAAUUCUGCGUUUGCAUCGACCUCUGUCUUCGUUUCGGUCUCGUCAGACGGCGAAGAAAUCAACAGGCCAGCUUCACGCAUGAUUUCGUCAAAGCCUUCGAUUUCCUUAGUCACCGCGUUAGCAGCGCUGAGGGUAGCAGCCGAUGGCACCGGGAACAGACGAUGGAAGCAUUUAAUCAGAUACGGCACGAGUUCAGCACGAAUAACCUGCGAGAGAGCAAGACGUCGGACUUAAGACACUCCUUCUAGCAACAAUUGACAGUAUUUCGUACCUCAUUCGUCGCACGAACAGAGUCUGUAAGUGCUGCUGCUCUUGCAUUUCUCGGAGUCAUAGUACUAUCUCCACUUGAGGCAUGCAGAUCUAGCCCGUUCUCCUCGACAAAGUCGGCGAUUGUGAGCAACAUGGUGCCAAUUGCACUUUGAUACUUCUUGCCCAAUCGAUUCUGCAGCGACGAGAUUGCACACAGUCGCAAUUCAUUCAGCGACGAAAGCAGUGCGUUGGUAAACUCGGCCAGCAAAGGGAACGACAUCAGACAGCGUGGCGGUGAAUAGUCUUCCCCAUCCGAGGAAGUCGCUGCCGAACGGGAGGCGAAAGGGAAGUUACUGCCACCUCCAUUAGAACGGCACGACGCAAUGACGAUAGGUGUCUUCGAGGACGUCGCAAAUGAAGAUGCUGCAAGUGAGUGAGCCUUCAGAUUCUCCUGAAACUCGCGACAAGCUGCUCGCCAGUAUUCUGUCAUGAGGUUCAGCACGUGGUCCUCGAAAUACACGACCAGUACAGCUCUGAAGUCGACACCGACACGACCCAGUGACCCUCCAAAGAAUAAGCUCUGUUCGAGAAUUGUGGCAAUCGAGCUGAAGUCAUCGAUCUUUGGUAGUUGCCUGGCCGCAAAGAAACAUUUAGCCAAGGGUUGAUCGUCGGAUAGAUGGACUAUCAAACGUACUUCAUAAGAAUCUGGA